AGCAAAAGAUGGUGGAUCGCUUGGCAAACAGUGAAGCAAAUACUAGACGUAUAAAUAUAGUAGAAAACUGUUUUGGAGCAGCUGGCCAACCCUUAACUAUACCUGGACGGGUUCUUAUUGGAGAAGGAGUAUUGACUAAGUUGUGCAGAAAAAAGCCUAAAGCAAGGCAGUUUUUCUUAUUUAACGAUAUUCUUGUAUAUGGCAAUAUUGUCAUCCAGAAGAAAAAAUAUAACAAACAACAUAUUAUUCCCCUGGAAAAUGUCACAAUUGAUUCUAUCAAAGAUGAGGGAGACUUGAGGAAUGGAUGGCUGAUCAAGACACCAACUAAAUCGUUUGCAGUUUAUGCUGCCACUGCCACUGAGAAAUCAGAAUGGAUGAAUCACAUAAAUAAAUGUGUUACUGAUUUACUCUCCAAAAGUGGGAAGACACCCAGUAAUGAACAUGCUGCUGUCUGGGUUCCUGACUCUGAGGCAACUGUAUGUAUGCGUUGUCAGAAAGCAAAAUUCACACCUGUUAAUCGUCGUCACCACUGCCGCAAAUGUGGUUUUGUUGUCUGUGGGCCCUGCUCUGAAAAGAGAUUUCUUCUUCCCAGCCAGUCCUCUAAGCCUGUGAGGAUUUGUGACUUCUGCUAUGACCUGCUUUCUACUGGGGACAUGGCCACGUGCCAGCCUACUAGAUCAGACUCUUAUAGUCAGCCAUUGAAGUCUCCUUUAAAUGAUGUAUCUGACGAUGAUGACGAUGAUGAUAGCAGUGACUAAAGGCGUAUUUUGAAAUAUUUAAUCAGAUGUGACUAUCUGAGAAAUCAGCUCUGGGGGGAAUGUAAAAUCCUGAGCUUUCUGUCAGUUUUGCUCUAGCCAUGAAUUUGCCUGAGAAACUUAUAACCUAUGUGCCUCAAUAUAUUCUAUAGAAAAUAGGUCCUGUUACCAUCCCCCAGCCCCAACUGCUGCUGCCACUGUCUCCUCACCUCCCCCAGCUCCCUAUUCUUCUACAGGGAUAGACUGUUGCGAAUAUAUCAGAUAAAGUUUUGGUUUCUCAUUCUUGUUUUAAUUCUAGACUGUUUUCUUGAAUGGUUGGGAAAAGAUGUUUAUUUAACAUAUGUACUACACUGUUGUUUAUUAUAUGUUCUGUUAUAUGGAAAAACUAAAAGCAAAGAAUGAUGGAAAAAGGAGUGUGAUGUGGUCAGUUAAUAAUGUUAUUAGCUUUUUUCUAACCAUCCUGUCUAAAGGUUAAGACACCAGUAACAGAAAUACAUGCUUUGGAAAUACUUUGUUUGGCUUUUUCAUAUACCAGGUGGUGCCUUAUCAUAAUAGCACUGUUGCAUGUAAUAAGCUCCUACCUUCUCACUUUUUAAUUUGUUUUAAAAAUACACUGGUGCUCUUCGAGGUGUAAAAUGAAUGUUAUAAAUGGGUGUAAUUAGAAAAUACUUCUCAUUUGACAGCUACAAAUAACUAAAUUUAGAGUUUCUUUAUUCUGUAUGAAUAUUUUUCCAUAAAAUAGUUGUGAUUACUGUAUAUUUUUACUUUUUGUAGGUACCAAAUUAUAAUUGUCAUUCUGGGGAAUUUGGUUUGAAAUUUAUCAAAUACAAAUU